AGAAGUGAGUGCUGCCCCGUCAAUGUCGCCCGGGAGCCAAGAAAGGCAAAGCGAACCCAUUCAUUUCCCUCUUUCUUCCUCCCCGACCCUCCACCCUCCCUCCCCAUUUCUGCUCCGAAUCGCUGCUCGUCGUCGAUUUUCGCUUCCGCCCGGUUCCUGCCUUCCUUCCUGAAGACAAAGGUUCAGGUGUCGCAAUGGUGGGAGGAACGCUGAUCUCGGUUUACCCGGACGACCUCACCUUCCUCUUCGAGCUGGACAAGCCGUGCUACUGCAAUCUCAAGGUGGUGAACAACAGCGAGCACCAUGUCGCGUUCAAGGUCAAGACGACGUCUCCGAGGAAGUAUUUCGUCCGGCCGAACGCCAGCGUCGUCCAGCCGUGGGAUUCUUGCACGAUAACAAUUACCCUACAGGCACAGAAAGAGUACCCUCCAGACAUGCAAUCCAAGGAUAAAUUCUUGAUUCAGAGCACCAGGGUGGCUGCCAGCACCGACAUGGACGAAAUCCCCCCUGACACAUUCAACAAGGAUGGUGAUAAGGUGAUCGAGGAAAUGAAGCUCAAGGUUGUCUACACAUUGCCCAGUGGAAGCUCGGACGACUCUGGUGUCACAUCUUCGGCAAAUAGGAGCUUCAAGCAGGGCGGCGACGAUCUCUCGAUGCUGAAGAAUGCAAGCAUUGAAGAGAUCCAGACAAUACAGCGUUUGAAGGACGAAAGGGAUAACAAUCUUCAGCAAAAUCAGCAAAUGCAACGUGAACUGGACAUGCUGAGGAGGCGCAGAAGCCGCAAAGGUGAUGCUGGUUUCUCUUUGACCUUUGCUGCUUUUGCUGGGAUCAUAGGUCUCCUGGUUGGGCUCUUGAUGAGCCUCAUCUUCUCUUCCCCACCAGCGACUGCUUAGAUGCCAGGAUUGAAGCCUAGAGUAACAUUAUUCAGCUCAGUUUCCUGAUGCUUUGGGGAGAAAGAUGGAAAAAAUAUAUCACUCUAGUCUCAACUAUCAUUCUUUGUUCUUUGCAUUGUAGGUAUACAUGCCUUAUCACAGCGGGUUUGCAAUGUUUAGCCCGUGUUUGCUUCGUCUUCCAUUUGUAUUUAUAUUCCUCUACUGUGUAUUUUUUCUGUAUAAUUAGUUUGGCAUAUAUCAGGAAGACAAGUGUAUGCGUUCACCUAUUAGGAAUGUAAAGGCUGGAAAGGAAGUA